GGGAGCGGGCGCCGCUCGCGCUCCCAUUGGCCGCCCCGCCGUCAGCUGCUCCUAUUUUCUGCUGUCGCUUUUGGCGCUCGGCCAUCCAGAAACAAACCACUUCGAUGACUACUAAUAGUUAUAGCCAGAUGUACUAAUACACAACAAAUCACGGUCCGGGAGAGGGGAGAGCAAAUGAGUUCCUAUUUCGUGAAUCCCACUUUCCCCGGGAGCCUGCCCGCUGGCCAGGACUCCUUCCUCGGGCAGAUCCCCCUGUACCCGGCGGGCUAUGAUGCUCUGAGGCAUUUUCCGGCUUCGUACGGGGCGAACAGCCUGCAGGACAAGACCUACACCUCACCUUGUUUCUACCAACAGUCCAACACCGUCAUUGCUUGCAAUCGGGCUUCCUAUGAGUACGGAGCCUCCUGUUUCUAUUCAGACAAGGAAAUUAGUAGCGCCUCUCCCUCCGGCAGUGGCAAGCAGAGGGGACACGGGGACUAUCUGCACUUUUCUUCCGAGCAACAAUACAAAUCCAACGGCGUGCAAAGCAAAAUUGUGAAUGACGAGGGCACCGACCGGAAGUACACGAGCCCUGUUUACCCCUGGAUGCAGCGGAUGAACUCCUGUGCCGGUACAGUAUAUGGAGCUCAUGGGAGACGAGGGAGGCAGACUUACACCCGCUACCAAACGCUAGAGUUAGAGAAGGAGUUCCAUUUUAACAGAUACUUAACCCGAAGACGACGCAUUGAGAUUGCGAACGCUCUCUGCCUUACCGAGCGCCAGAUUAAAAUAUGGUUUCAAAACAGGCGGAUGAAAUGGAAAAAGGAAAACAAAUUCAUAAAUUCCACACAGCCCGGCAGCGACGAAACAGAGGAAAAGUCAGGGGAGUAGAACCGUGUUUAAUAAAUGCUACCAGGCCCGUC